UCUUUGAAAAUUUGUACCUCUAGUGGUCAAAGAUUUUUUAUUGGUAAAUACCCAUUUGUAACGGAAUGAUUUUGUAUGCUUGUUGGCGGUGUGAUCUUUGAAUUUUCUGUCUGUAAGAUUUAGAUGGUAUUGUGUGAUAUGAUGAUCCUAACAAUGCACCAAUUAAACACCCUUAUGGCAAAACUCAAACUUUUUGCAAUUUUUUUAUUAUAAGAAGAUUUUCGGAUUCUAGUUUUUGGAGAGUUUGAUAACCAGAAAGUGUUUCUGAUAAAGAUUUGAGGUGAAGAUAUGCAGUCAAGAUUGAUGGGGUCAAUAGAAGAGGGGAAGUCACCUUCUUCUCCUUUUAGACCAAACCCAACCCCAGCCCUAGCUAGGCUUUUGCCACUGAGACUAGUUCAAGUCAUCUUGAUGUGUUUUAUUAUGGGGCUAGGAAUUUCACUCAUUAGUUUGCAUGCUAUGAAAUUUUUGUCAAUGAAAUAUUUUGCUCCUGUAGAACCCUUCAUUAUUCAGUCUUGUUAUCAGGAUGCUCUUAGUAUAGAAUCCUUGGUUAGGCCAUCAGCAGAACUGUCACAUUCAAUGAAUGACACAGAGUUGUUAUGGAGGGCUUCAAUUCAUCCUAGAGUGAAGGAAUAUCCAUUCAAAAGAGUUCCCAAGGUUGCCUUCAUGUUCUUGACAAAGGGGCCAUUGCCUCUUGCACCUUUCUGGGAGAAGUUCUUCGAGGGCGGCCCUUCAGAGCAUUAUUCCAUCUAUAUUCAUUCACAUCCAGCUUAUGUUGCCAAUUUUACACCUUCUUCUGUGUUUUACAAGAGGCAAAUCCCAAGUCGGCCAGCUGAUUGGGGAAGGAUGAGUAUGUGUGAGGCCGAGAGAAGACUUCUAGGGAAUGCAUUGCUUGAUUUUUCCAAUGAAUGGUUCGUUCUUUUGUCCGAGGCAUGCAUUCCUCUCCAAAACUUUACCGUUGUUUAUUUCUACUUAUCAAGAUCCAAUUAUAGUUUUAUGAGUUCAUAUGAUGAUCUUGGACCCUGUGGGAGGGGGCGGUAUGAUAGAAAUAUGGAACCUGAGGUCACACUUGAUCAAUGGCGAAAAGGGUCACAGUGGUUUGAAAUCAAUCGGAGGUUGGCAAUCAACAUUGUUGCAGAUGUCACCUUCUAUCCUAAGUUCAGAGAUUUCUGUGUUCCAGCAUGUUAUGUUGAUGAACACUACUUCCCCACAAUGCUAACCAUUCAAUUGCCACAUCUUCUAGCAAAUCGAACGCUUACUUGGACAGAUUGGUCGAGAGGUGGCGCUCACCCUGCCACAUUUGGGAAAGAAGACAUAACUGAGGAAUUUUUGAAGAAGAUUCUUGAAAGUGAGACCUGCACUUACAAUGACCAGCAAGUCUCACUUUGUUUCCUUUUUGCAAGAAAGUUUGCUCCUAGUGCUUUGGAACCUCUAUUAGAAUUGGCUCCCAAAGUUUUAGGAUUUUGAUGAGGGCUUCAUCACAAAGAUGCCCAACUGGGGAGGAGUUUUGGAUAAUGAUAGUUUAGUCAUUUGCUAACCCAGUCUACAUUAGAGGUAUUUCAUGACUUUGUGCCUUGAGUUUGCAGGUUCUCUAACCAUUUAAUCUUCAAAGAAUUUUCAUAGUACAGAAGAUUAGACUCCAAAUUAAGCUUCUUAAGAAAAGCUCUUCAAACAACAACACGCAUAAAUGUUAUCUGCUGUCAGCCCAUCAGUCAGCCCAUCAAAUGUAAUGUUACUGAAACAUACAUAUCAAGAAACAUUUGAUCUCCAAUUAUUUGACAAUAUCAAUUACAAUAUUUGUCCA